ACUCUAACAACACGAGACGGUAUUUUGGAUAGCCACCAGCAAACUAUAAGAAGCCCCAAGAAACGACCCCUUCUCUUUGCAGUUUGAAAAAAGUUCUACAAGUGCUACUAAAGGAAUCUCGGGCAGCUAAGUAAUUCAAAUUUACGAAGACUUUCAAAACUCCGAAUACAGUACUAGUUGAAAGCAUUGACAAACUUGUGCUAUAAUCAAGACUGCUUGAGCUUGAAGUUCAUCAUACGACUGCAUAUUAGUUACCAGCAGUUUUAUUUUUGAAAACGUUCCAAGCUUCACGCAACAAUUGGAUCAACAAGUYAUACGAUAAGCUACUAAAGUGAUAUCAAAAGGCUAGUCCCACUUAAGGUUGAGCAGUAGUGAUUUGAAUACCUAACUAUUGAAGACCGAAUUACUGAAGGUYGUUUUGAAAAACAAGUUGUAAAGAAAUUUUGCCCCGAGCGGAUUGAGAAGCGUCAAUUAUAAUCCACUGAGUCAACACCAACCAUCGAGUUUAAUGAGUCCUUGUUCUUCAGCUGUACAAGGUUGUUUAAGGACUGUUUUUAUCAUGGUAUAAAAGAUCCUGUGAUAAGUAUCUCCUGUUUUAGUUGUACACUUAAAUCCAUAUGGAUUUGUGCUUGAAAUUGAUAAAUUCAGCUAUAAAGCUUCUAAUAUUAGGCAUCCAAUGAACUAAAAAUUGUUUCUAGGAGAAAAAGAAAAUUGGCAAGAAACACCUUGAAAUCAAGGCGCAAGGCAAGGCUACACAAAACAAGAAUUCAUAAAGUGCACUUUUGGAAAAUUCUGGUUUUAUCUUACAAAUAAAUUAGUAUACUAAAUUUAUGCAUUUGUCAAAAUGCCUAUAUCGUCUUCAUAUGGUCAUAAAGGGAAAAUAGCACAACACCCUUGGAACAGCACUAAAUCUCGCAGGUUUUCGUCCUCAAGACAGCCAACAGAUGCUGAAACUUUCGAAAAAGAAUCACUCGACAGUUCUUCCCAUGAAAGUAACGCUAGACCACGCUUGAAUCCAAGAAAUAGUUCUGUGGGCAAUAGACCUGUUCGAACUGCUGGUACUAACUCUUUGUCUAAGUCACUUGAUAGAAAGCGCUUAUAUCCGAGAAUUCUUUCUUCUCGGCGGCCUUUGACAAGAAGGGAAACUUCUCCCGAGUUUCACCAACUUAAUGCGUGUCAACCAAACGAAGUAUUCAAGCGAUCUAAUAGCGAUUYGUUGAUUAAACCCUGUGACUCCAAGAGGAAAGUUAGAAGGGAGCUUGGAACUCGACGGAUUAGGACUUUUCCAAGACGAUUCGGUGAAUGCAGAGCUUCUGGAACACRAAAUAAAGCAAAGAAAUUUAAGGUUGACUCCGAGGCGAAGCUUUUCAUAAACAACAAGAACAUUUGCUUCAGUGACUACCACCAGACACCUCAAGAAGUUGGACAAAGAGUGAUUUGUAUCAUAAACAAACAACUAAGAAGYGGAGUUACAAGGUUCAUUGGUACUACUCACUUCAGUGAAGGAGUAUGGUGUGGUAUUGUACUUGAUGAGCCUUGUGGAAAAAAUGACGGCUCUGUCAAAGGUGUGAGAUACUUCACUUGUGGAGAAAACUACGGGAUUUUUGUCCAUGCGCAUAAAGUUAGAGCCGUUUGUGAGAAUGACCUAGGACUUCCACCACAUUCAGGAGCAGAUGUUGUGGACYCUUGGGAAUCCCCAGAUACAUCUAGUGUGAAGAAUGCUCAGAAUAAAUUAGAUAUGAGUGUGAAUAAUGCUGCAACUGAUUAUGUCAAAUCACAACAGUGGAAUCAGUAUAAUAAUUAUGGUUAUAACUCCAAGAUAAGAUCUAGGUCUUUCUCUGACAACGAGUCAGAAAUAUCCAUAAAUAAUAUGCAAAACAAACAUACAGAGGCCAGCCUGUCACACUCUAAUUCUCUUCCAAAGAUUGUUACUGAAAAGGAGAUAAAUGGCUCUGGAAAWUUUUCUGAACAGUUGGAGAAUAAUGGUGGUGAUAGCAGACAGGAUGGCUGCAUAGAUUUGUGCAAUGAAAAUAAUUUUGUUGUGCAUGAAAAUGGUGAGUCCAUUGUUUCUGGUGAUCUUUCUUCAAUGGAAGCUGACCCAUGCUGUGAGAAUAAAACAGGACACCAUGGGACACCAAAGGACAGUUCUGAUGUUGAACCGCCAGAGAUAAUUGCUUCAAAAUGUGGAAAUAUUAUGCCUAACUCAACCGAGUACAAAAACAUAUAUGCAAAUGUAAUACCUAAACAGUUGAACUCUGUUCCAGAUAAAAGAUGCUUCUCCUCUGAUUGUAUUUCUGUUGAUAACAAUAAACCAACAAAAGACUCCAGUACCCCAGGACUUCAUGCARCUUUGGAAGGGAAUGAAACUAUUGAUCCUUUUAUUCAAGGAAAGUAUUGCAGCUGCCCUAGUCUUGUUCCAUCACAACACUUGUCAAGUGCCUUAGAGUCCUGCAUAGACCUAGGCAGACAAGGGCUGGAAUCACACUCCGAGAAAAGCUCCCCAACUGAGGAAGUAAARCACUUGGAUUUGAGUCACUUUGUAGAUUCUGGGUCUGAGAAUACGCUUAAUGAUAGUCAUACAGAGAAGGAGUAUCUAGAAAAGGUUUCAAGUCGUGGUCRAUCUUCGUCACUUCCUCUUGUUUUAGUUCCCAUUCGACACAUUAGUCAAACUGAAUCUUUGUUCUGGUCCUUAGAUAAACUUUCCGAGUCUGUCAAAAACGUUGAGAGGGCUGAAAGUUGGCCAACUUUGUCAACUUCUCUUGGCAAUUUAGAUUUGAGGCCAGUUGUGAAUGAUAAAAGUGUCAAAUCAUCUGAACUAGAAAGUGAAAGCAAGAAAGAACAAGAGAUUUUGGCUAAAGAAACUGAUGAUGAUGACAUAAAUCUGAAGAAAAUAACAAGGAGUCCUGCUAUAGAGCAACUUAAUGCUCUCAAUAAAGCUGCUAAAAGCAACAGUGGUUGUUCUUCGCCAUCUGGAUCACAGGCCUCACUGUCUUCAGGUGGGACAAUCGGAAGUCAAAAGUUGACACRGAGAAAACUUAGUAGUAGCUCUGUCUCAAGUUCAAACUCACAGUCUAGGAAAGUAAAAACAAAGUCACAGAAAAAUUCUAAUUCAAACUUUCAAAAAGAGGGAAAAGAUUUGAAUGGGAAGAAAACAAAUCUCCAAACACCUGCAAUGAAUUUAAGACUGGUUAAAAGACACACAGUAUCUGGUCUUCAAAAAAUACAACCUGACACAGCCUCUGAUAACAGGCCAUCUGUGACCAGGCGGCCAACAAGUACCAUAUCUGUGUCAUCAGCAGACAGUUCACCUACAAGUUCUCCAAGCUAUGCUAAAUCUAGAUUACCCACUAUGAAGAAAACRCCAGUAACAACAUCUACACCAAAGCAGAACACAUCUACUGAGAGUAAACCAAGGGAAGGUAAACCAAAGAGUUCCUUGACCAGACAAGCAAGAGGAGUACAAAAAGAUACCAAGAAACCAUCUAGUCCUUUAACGGAGAAGAAAACUACAGGUACUGUUGGGAAGACUUUGUYGCCAAGAAAAGCUAGUACCAGUACACCAACUACUUCUCAGAAGACAAGUAAAAAGGAGGAGGCUGAGGUUACGCGGAGGGGAAAACAAGCAGCAAAACCAGCCACACAGUCAGGAGUAGCAGCAGCAGGACCAGCUGAUAAGAAAACUGCGACUUCAACCAAGACAUCAGUCGUUAACAGUCUUAAAUCAACCAUCAAACCUCUCAAACUCAAAGCCAAAGGAAGCCCAACCAGUAAAAUAGCUGUCAGCCCAAGCAAAUACUACCCAUCACGGCUGCCAAGGAAGAUAUUAUCCCGUGACACAAGCACUGAUAGCGGACAUUCUCAUGACCAUGWGCGCGAUGUAGAUACUGCAUCAAUCGGUACCGAUGGCUCAGACUUCUUAGACGGCCAGAAACUGAUCCAAGGUGAAAGCUUUUCUCAUGACCAGGAACACUACGACGCUGAUCGAUCAGAUCUGGAAUCGAGUACCAAGUCAUGGCAGUACCCAUCACACGCACCGGAUAUUCUUACAGGCACGCGCGAGAUUCACACGCGCUCCGCCGAGGUUCAGGUCCAGAUGAGUGAAGAUGAAGCCUCGCAGGAGACGUACAACAAGUUGGUCCACGUGGAAGAGAUGUUCCAACUGAAGAGCAGGCAGUGCCAGGAGCUGGAAGCUGUUAUUGCUAAUAGUAACACUGAUAUCUUGGCAAGCGCUAUGCUCUUCAUCAUCUUGUGUAAAAAGCUUCAAAAUAAUGGUCGCUUGAUUAUGCAGUUAAAAAACCACUUGCGCUCCACAGAAUCAGAAUUAAAACAAGUACAGCACAGACUAGCCGAGGAAGAAGAAAACGGCGUCAAACUUCAAGAAGAAAUGAUGUAUAUUAGAAGUGAACACACUGUAGCCAUCCAGAACCUGAAGGCUGAUCAUGAAGACAGGAUAGAAGAAUUACGUUACACCAUGAAGAAACAACUCGCCGAGGAACAGAAAAAAGCGGCUGAUGAACGUGUUGCUGAACUGCUGGAGCUUAGCAAAGUCCACGAGGAAAAGGUGGCAGAAGUCAAGAAGCAGCACGAGAAAGCAAUAGAAGAUUUACACGAGACGUACAAAGAUGAAAUCGUUGAGGUGGAAACCAAACAUUCUCAGCAUAUAGACGAACUGCUUGAAGAACAUCAAGUAGAGAUUGAAACGAUUAAGAAUGACUAUGAAGAACAGCAUGGUGGAAUGGAGUCGAAACUCUUUGCCGUCACUAACGAAUGCACCUCGCUAAACAUGAAGCUACAGCAACUGCAGGAAGAAACUGAGAAAGACAUCCAAUCAAGAAUACAGGACGCAAUUGAAAAAUACAAAUCCUUACCAGCCGAACUAGAAAGUAUAAGGGCUGUGUUGGAUAUGAAGAACGAAGAAAUCAAACAACUGAAAAGAGAACAGAUGGAGUCUAAGUUACAGUUGGACCAUCUUCGUAAAGUGGCAGAGCGCGCCAGGAAACUCGAGUUAGAGAACGAAUCGCUAUCAUUUGUCGUAGAAAACAAGUCCAAAUUUGAAAGGCAAUUAUCGGUGGAGCACGAACAACUUAAAAGCAACCUUGAUCGCGAAUCCAAGAAACUCAAACGCCUUUCUCUCGAGAACGAAGAACUACAAUGGCGCCUGUGUAAUUCUUCGAGUCCUUCUGAUGGCGGUAUAUCACCAGACGGCGAGUCACCGCCGAAUUCAGCCAAACGACGUAGCUUCCGACUUUCGUCGUGUUCACCCGACGUCAACACGAUUAAUGAGUAGGACAAUACAAACACAUGUAGCACACUCGACAACUGGGAAAAGCUACUGCGCAUGUUCGGAAAAUUACGAAUUACGAACGAAACAGCCGAACAGUUUAUUAUAUAGAUUUUUCAGUUUUCGGAAGAAGAUGUUAGAAUUGUUGUAGUUUUGGCAUUUUCAUUUAUCGCUGUUUUUCCGGACAUGCGCACUAUAAUCCCGCAACGUAGUUGUAGUCAUCGUAAAACCAGCUAAAGAUUCAAUCUUUAGGUCCUUUGGGUCGUUUCUUUGGGAGAUAUUCAAAUAAAUCAAUGACAGCAUGUAUAAAUAGCUUUUAGUCAUUCUCAGGAAGAAUGAAAUAACCAAAUACGUGACCGCCAUGUUGUUUAACUAAUGUAACUAAAGAAAACAAAAAAACAUCUUUCGAUAAAUUCUGCCAACACGGUGGCCGUGACGGGCAGUAAUAAUCAUCCUA